GUGAGAUGUCAAGAGAGACAUUUGGGGACCUGGAAUGUUACACCAGGCAGAGGUAGAGCUAAGUGCCCUCAAGAGAUCCAGUUGUGAGGGAAGCUCAGGCUGACAUACUAACCCUGUAUUCCCUGUUGUCAGCAACAUGUCUCCCCCAAAUCCUGAGGCUAUCCCUCCAGAGCCUGAGCCUGAGCCUGAGUCCUCAAACUGCAAGAAAAAAAAGAAGAAGAGAAAGUGGCUGAAGCAAGAAGCCAGCAUCCAAGCCCUCACUAGGGCUGGCCAUGGGGCCCUGCAGGCCGGCCGGAACCACGAGGCCUUGAGCAGCUUCCAGAAGGCCUUCUUGCUGGCCUCUAAGGCCCCAAGCACCAAGGACGUCUCUGUGCUUCAAGCCUGUGCCUUCAACCUGGGGGCCGCUUAUGUGGAGACUGGGAACCCAGCCAGAGGCCUUGAGCUGCUUCUGCAAGCCCAGCCCGCACAAAACCCACAGGGCAGGUGUCAAGGGGACCAGUGUUUCAACGUGGCUUUAGCCUAUCACGCCCUUGGUGACCUGCCCCAAGCUUUGAGCUGGUACCACAGGGCCCUGGGCCAUUACCAGCCACAAGGUAACCAGGGAGAAACCCAGGCAAAAAUGGGAGCCUGUUACCAGGCCCUGGGACAGCCUGAGCAAGCAGUCCACUACCUGCAGGAAGCAAGCCAGGCCUAUGCCCUCGCAGGCCAGCCCCGGGCCGCAGCCCUGGCGCUGGGGGCUGCAGCUGGGUGUAUGUUGAAGAGUGGGCAGCAUGGGGCGGGGGAAGUGGUGCAGGUGCUGGAGGAGAGCCGGAAGCUUGCUGAGAGGAGCACUGAGCCAGGAUUGCUGGGGCCACUCUAUAAUGACCUCGGCCUGGGCUAUGCCCAGCUCCAGCUGUUCCCUCUGGCAGUGGAGGCCUUCCUGCAGGCUCUGCCCCUGUGCCAGGAGCCAGGAGAACAGGCUACAGUGCUGAGAAACCUUGGGAUGGCUCACAAUGCCCUUGGCAACUAUGAGGAAGCCCGGGAUUUUCACCAGAAGGCUGCCAACCUGCAUGGCUCUAUGGGGCAGCGGUGGGAACAGGGACGGAGCUUCAGCAGCCUAGCAUUUGCUCUGAGCCAGCUGGGGGACCACGGAGCCGCCAGAGACAACUACUUGCAUGCCUUGCAGGCUGCCCAGGAUACUGGGGACACGAAAGGACAGUGGCAAGCCUUUGAGGGCCUUGGGGCUGCUGCAGCCAGACUGGGGCAGUACAACCAGGCCUUGAAGUACUAUAAGAAGGCGCUGGCUCAGUGUCAGAAAGAGCCAGGUUCUGUGCGAGAGCGGCUGGUGGCCAAGCUGGCAGAUGCUAUGAAGACCCACUUGGUCCAGAUGGGGUUAGUCCAGGUGUGUGCCCGGACCCCAGCUCCAGGAAGGCUCCAGGCUCCAGGCAAGGCUGGCCACGUGACAGGGAUCUCAGCCAAGGUGCAAAGCAGAGCAGCAGAUGCUCAGCAUAGACCUUCUUGUAGGUGGGAAGAAGAGUUUGAGGAAGGCCACAAGGAGAAGGAGGAAGAGAGAUCUAUGAAUGUUCCUACAGUGUCUGGGCCUCUGAGACUGGAGCUAAAGUGUCCAGGACCCAGUGCCCAUCUUCCAUUUGGAGGCCCAGGCUCCCCUAGAAUGCAGCACCCUAACAGCCUGGUACCCAAUGGCCACCAAGCCAAUAGGUCCUGCAAAUGGCCCAGAGAAACCCUCAGCAGGAACCAUCAGAGGAGACUCCCCCAGUCUGGCUUCUGCAUGAUCCUAUGACUUGCCUUGCUGGCCGAAGCCUU